CUUCUGCUAUUCCCGUCCCCUGCAGCUCCCAAAAGCCCCCCAAGCUGCCGGCAACAAUUUUCUCAAGGAAACCGGUAGAAAGCUUGAAAUUUCUCCUUCUUCUCUUGUUAAAUAACAAGCAUAGAACCCAGAAAUCCUUUCCCCCCAUCUGCAGAAUUCCAGAUCUGCUCUGCUCUGUCCUCACCGUCCGGCUGCUCCUGCUUUGUGGGGGCGAAUUGCUCUGGUUUUUGAUUUUCGUGAGUUUCCCUGCAGAUCCCACCGGCCUCUUCCCCAAACUGCAGCUUCGGUUUCCUUGCUUGCAAAUUCUGGUAUGUUGACAGCCCCUCCAAGCCCUGAAUUUGUCCAUUUAUUUGCUGCCUUGUGUGUCCGAAUUUUGCUAGAAAAAUGGGAGGAAUUUCGGUAGCAAUUAAGAGCAUUUUAAGUGUGUUUUGUUGCUUAAUUCAUGUAGAAAAUUAGUUAAUUGAUUGCUGUGAUUUUUGGAGAGAAAAUCCCGUGAAAUUAGCUAGUGUUUUGGCCAAUUUUUGGAAGUUGCAGUACUGUUCACGGCGUGAGCACGGUUCACGUCGUUAGCUUUGUUCACGUUUUUAAAAGCAUGUUUUGACUUAUUUUGAAAUGGUGGCGGGGCUAAACUCAUUUUACACGAGCAUAACUCAUUUGAAGUGAAAUUUUUAUGCUUUUCAUUAAAUUGAGCAUGCCUACUUGAAAUUUAAUUGAUUGUUCUGAUGAUUUGAAAGUGAUUGGUGAAUUAUGAUUUUUUUGUUAACUUUUGCCUGUUUUGUCUCUGAUAUGGUCAUGUUAUUCGUGUGCCCGCUAGUGGGAGGUUUAUAAACGCUAGCACAUGUCGACAUGUUACUGAUAGAACCGAUUCGUUUCUGUUAUCCUGCUAGUGGGAUCAUACACUAGUAAAUCGUGUGCCUCCCAAUGGGAGGUUUAUAACACUGGCCAUGACCUAUGGAGGAGACGUCUAUUUCGUUUCCGUACCCGUAUCUGUUUUUCGUCAUUAUACGUGUUGGCAUGCUAUAAGUUUAAGAAGCGAAAUCAAGGACGGGGAAACCACGGGAAGUGACAAGUUAGAAGGCUAACCAUUUCGACAUUGAUAUAGAUUUUAGAAAUAAAUCAUGCUUUUGUAAGAUAGGUUUUACCUUGAAUUUAUGAGAUCAAAACAGAUUUCGGUCAUUAGAUCAAUUACUUGGAUUUAAGUCAUUUUGGAUAUAGAAAUAAAUUGAGAUAUUUGAU